GUUAAUGGGCCAGUGGGCCCAACCAAUAUGGGCUAAGAUUGAAAAAAAAAGGAGAGAAACUGAAGCAUGGUCAACACUCAAGAGGAAGGACUCCUUGCGAAGGAGGCAACAUCACAUUUCACAUUUCUCUGUCUCUCGAUUAGACCCAGCAAGAUUCUACUUGAAAGAGACUCAAUAGUUGAGAAGGCAUUACAUGACCGAACAAAUUUCACCGACAAGACAACAAGCGCUUCCGCGUACUCUGGACAGUUAGAUGACACUUGCCAAAACCUCUACCCUUCAAGGCACCACUACAACCUAGCCACCACAAUGAUGACCAUGAAAUCUCACAUCAAGAACCCUACCGUUCAGACCACUGUGUUUGGACAAUCUGUUGGUAAAGUCCCUACCAAAGAGCCUAGAGUGCUCGGUGGUCGAGCUCACAUCAAAUUGCUUGUUCACAUAGCGACAAUAGUGAUUCACUACAAUGGGAACAUGAAACCAUGGCUAAAGCUUGCAAUCGGGAAGUAUAAACCUUACUGGGACAGACCAUCAUCACUCAUCUCCCACAGAACUCUAUACAAGUCUUUCAAAUCCUCUUUCUCUAUCCCAAUGGAAUCGGAAACCCUAACGGCCACGAUCACGACCGUACCGAGCCACGACGAGACCAAGACAGAAUCAACAGAGUUCGAGAAGAAUCAGAAACGGUACCAAGAACUAAUCUCCACGUUUCCUCACGAGAAAGGCUGGAGACCUAAAGAGCCCCUGAUCGAGUAUGGUGGUUACUGGUGGCUACCGCCUCUCCUCGAAGGUUGUAUUCACGCGCAAGAGUUCUUUCAAGCGCGACCCAGUGACUUCCUCGUCUGUAGCUACCCAAAGACAGGUACCACUUGGCUCAAAGCCCUGACUUUCGCCAUUGCCAAUCGUUCCCGCUUCGAUGAUUCCUCUAACCCUCUCUUGAAACGUAACCCUCACGAGUUUGUUCCUUACAUUGAGAUCGAUUUCCCUUUCUUCCCUGAAGUUGAUGUUCUCAAAGACAAAGGGAACACUCUGUUUUCGACUCAUAUCCCAUACGAGUUAUUACCUGAUUCGGUUGUGAAAUCAGGUUGUAAGAUGGUUUACAUCUGGAGAGAACCAAAGGACACUUUUAUCUCCAUGUGGACUUUCCUUCACAAGGAAAGGACAGAACUUGGACCUGUCAACAAUCUUGAGGAGUCUUUUGAUAUGUUCUGUCGUGGUCUGUCUGGGUACGGUCCUUAUCUUGAUCAUAUCCUGGCGUAUUGGAAAGCCUACCAAGAGAAUCCAGAUCGGAUUUUGUUCCUCAAGUACGAGACGAUGAGAGCUGAUCCUUUGCCGUAUGUGAAGAUACUGGCUGAGUUUAUGGGUUAUGGAUUCAGUGCUGAGGAAGAGGAGAAAGGUGUUGUUGAGAAAGUGGUGAAUCUUUGCAGCUUUGAGACAUUGAAGAAUCUUGAAGCUAACAAAGGGGAGAAAGACAGAGAGGAUCGUCCUGGUGUUUAUGCGAAUAGCGCAUAUUUCAGGAAAGGAAAGGUGGGAGAUUGGUCGAAUUAUCUGACUCCGGAGAUGGCUGCUCGUAUCGAUGGGUUAAUGGAAGAGAAAUUUAAGGGCACCGGUUUGCUUGAACAUGGUAAAUGACUAGCUCUUGUUCCGAGCAAUGACUGAUCCAUAUAUGCUUUGUUUACAACAGAAGUUUGCUCCUUGUUUUAGUUUGAUUCUAUUAAUGUAAUAACUUAUAUAUUGGAAGAAUAAAUGUUGCUUCUGUUU